AUGCUGUUUGUUUUAAGUUUGGCGUUGAUUUUCUUUCUAACAGCUGCUUCUGAAAUGUCAAUAUCAUCAAUAACUCCUAUCAAUGGUUUAAUCGAAGGAUUUUAUUGGUCUGCUUCGAAUGCAGUCAAUGGUGAAUAUGAUUUCUUUACUAAACGCCAACGCGAUCAAUUGAUUGCUUCAAUGAAUUAUGAGAUCAACUAUUAUUUUCAUUGUCCUCAAGAUCGCGAAGAUGAUCAAUUUACAAUGAAAUUAUGGAAUGCACAGAAGACUGCUGAUUGGUCUGAUACAGUUUCCAAAGCUUCGAAUGUUUCUAUUGUUAUAGGCUUACGUCCACGUUGGAUUGGCACUGUUCAAAAUUCAUUAGAAUCAAUUCGAUUAAAAUUAACUCAGUUAGCAUCGAUUGGAAUUCGUUAUUAUAUUUUAUGUUGGGAUGAUACACCAGGAGCUGGUACGAUCGCACAAAUGACGCUACAGAAAGAUCUUAUUGAUGCUCUUGUUCGUCAAGUAACCAAUAUAGAAUUAAUCGGUAUUAUUCCUGCUUACUAUGCUCGAUCUCAAAUAUCUGAUGCUACAAAUAUUGCUUGGGCGAAUCAACUUUCGAUUUUAAAUCAAAUACCAAGUCAUAUUCGAUUUUUCGUGACUGGAGCAACAAUUGUUCCAUCAUCUAUUCGAAUCUCAGAUAUUCCAUCAUUGGUAAAUCGCCAAUUUAUAUUCUUUGAUAAUUGGAUUGCAGUUGAUUCAAAUUCAAAAGUAACAAUGACUUGGCCUCCGAAUCGUGAUCCGGCUAUUUAUAAAGCAAAUCAAUCAGUUUCGGGUUCGGUCUUGAAUUUAGCAUAUCCACCUGAGAGAAUUAUUCAUCAGAUCUAUGCUUUAAAACAACGAAUUAAUAAUCGAUAUUCGAAUAUUAGUUCAUAUCUAGCCGCUGAAUUUUGA